AUGUUCGCAAACACAGCUCACAAGUCAUGGCGGGAUCAGCAUUCUGGGAAGUCGUCUCCUGACUCUUACAGGUAUUCGUCCAGUUUGAGCUCCCAAGUGGCACUCGACACGCCGAGUUCAGAGCCGGUGACUCCAGUCGAGGGGCCGCUCCUUGUGCUGCCGAAACGACGAGGCCAGAAUGCAAAAUCCAGCGCCAAACCGCACAUUCGAAACAAAUCCCGCGAAGAACGGUCGUCGACCUCCAUCGAUCUGUCGCGAUCCUCCAUUGAGCUCGAGGGGCUCGGAAUUUACACGAACCUGGAGAGGGAUACGCGGUUCCAUCAAAACCGUAACAGUGUCUCGAACCUCCACAGAUCCGUUAGCCAGAUCUCGUCUUCACCGAGUAUAACUAGAUUAGGUCAAUCUUAUGUGCACCCGCGGCGCCAGCUUCCAACAGCAAGCGCUCCGCAAAACAUAGGGCAGCGCCACUCCGUGGAUGAACGGUAUUUCACAACUGUGAAUCGAAGCUUGACGGCGAUCGGUAGCACGGCACUUUCCAUUCCAGACGACGACUCCGCCGACGACGACACCAAUUCUCCGGAAGAAGCGGAAACACCGGGGGCGGUCUCGAUAGAUUAUCGACAUUCAACACCAGUAAUACUUCAAAGGGCACACACGGAUACAGCAAUUAGCAGCGGCAUAUCUUCCUCUUGGACGCCGUCUGAACACCUAUCGUCCGCAGAGUUAACAUCACAUGCAGCCGCUGUACGCGCUGCUCGAAUAGCAUUUGCGAAGAAAGAAGCUACAAAAGCACGAAAAAUCGAAGAGCAGCAGAAAAAGGCACAACAGCGCGGUGAGCGCCGACAUCAGCGAUCAGUUAGUCAUAUGGUAAAACCGCCACCAGCAACUGCCAACAAGAAACAGUCAGAGCAGCAACAACAACAUCAUCGACGUGCAGUCAGCGAGGCUUUCCCACCUCGCGCGUCAUUCACAGAAAAUGAUCUAGCAGAAGAAAAUUCCAACUUGGAAGAAGGGGUAACGACGACGACGGCGGCUACUACUACCACCACUACUACUCUUACUCCCUUGGGCCCACCAAAGCUUCCAGCAGCAACCAAGCACAACUGGAACAAAUUCCUUACCUGGGGGAAAACACGCUACUACAAAGCCAAGAGAAAAGUCUCCAUGCCUGUAUCGACAGCGGCGACUUAUAGGUGA